AUGAGUGAAGAGCGCACUAUCCGUGGCAAUCGAAUGGGACAACUCAAAAAGCCUCAUGCUUCCAAGUUCUCGGGAGGCUCUACAAUGGAUGAUGGGGUCUUCGAUGCUUUACAAGACGUCAUCUCUGGAAUUGACCUCGUCAACGAAGGUGUCUCGAAUGAUUACAGACCUGUGAUCGCGUUUUUUAGUGGCAAAUUUGGCAGUCAGAUACUUCAAUCGUGGUCUUACCACGCUCAGGUCAACAACCAUGCAAAGUUUACUAGUUGUACUGCUAAAUUGGGAAGAGCCUUAAGAGUUUUGGGAUCAGAUCCUAGUACUCUAGCGUGUGGCUCGACUUUAAUCCGCUCCAUUCUCCAAGAAUACAUAAAAGUCUUAUAUCGGGGUGUCAACAAUUUGAAGCCGUCAAUCACCAACCCAAUACUUCGGCUCAUGCGUCAAAUUGUUGUCUUCAACCAAGGGCAGCAUAUCGAUGAUUUUCUCACGUAUUUUGAUCUAGGUUUACCCAGCUUGGUGCGAGUUUUGGGCCCAACUAAGACAGAGCUUGCGGAUCCUGAACAGUGCAAGACGAACCCUGAACUUUCAAUGCGAUACAAUUUUUUGCAGUUUUGGAUUAGUAUGAUAAACCACUCUACCCCGCUCUUGAGAAAAUCCGUUUUAACGGAGAAUCCCAAACUGAUGAGCACUUGGUACAAGCACAUGGUUAAGUAUGACUCUGGAAAACUAGUGCAGCAGUGCAUUCGCACCAUGAUUGAAAAGGUGUUACAAGAGAAAUCUCUUAAGAAAGUGACCAAGUGCAAAAUUUUGAAUGAAUCAUUCAUUAGCAAAGUGCACUCAUUUUAUUAUUCAAGUGAUCCUGAGCUGGUAACACUUGUCGAUUACUUUUUUGAGCUUUUCACCACUUCACAACAAUUCAGUGUGGCAUUCCACGACGAUAAACUCUGGUUUUCUGAACCUGUGUAUUCAAGCUCAAACUCCAGCUACACGAGUAAUGGUGCUACUGUCCUUAUCAAAAAUACGAAGUUCAAUCUCUACAAUAAGCUUCUUUUCACGACGCUAACGUUUUUCAAGCCUUGGGAAGAUGAGCCACAACUAAACAGAGUUGUACAAGUUUUAAGGUCGAUACCCGAACUGAUUGCCCCAUACUGCUACCAUUUAAACACGUUAGGGAAUCAUGAGCCUCGAAUGACUUCAUAUUGGUUUGGCAUGACUCUUCUAUUCGGUCGAAUAAUUAAUUCACCAAUACCCAAUAGUGUAAAGGAAGUACAAACAGACAGCACUCCUUCUUCAAUCCUUGUGAUGGAGUCUAUCUUGCCUUGCUCCUUAACGAGGCAACCUUUGACCAAGGCCUUACUUCAUGAGGUGCCCCUCGUCAAACAAAUGGCUUGUCAGCUACUAGUAUUCGCAUUCAAAAAACUGGAAACGAUCUUUAGCUUCUAUGAUGAGAAGGGAUGGAAUUCCGCAAAAUCGGAACUUCUCAAUAGUUUCAAGUCCAAGGUACCGGAACUGUCCGUUGUGUCGUCGACGCUAGACUAUGUUGGCCGAAACAGCAGAGAAAAUAGCGUACUCGCGGCUUCCGUUUCCAUUGUACUCAAUCACUACAGCAGGACUUUUCCUUUAACCUUUAAUUUGAAUUUUUCGAAUGAUAACAUCUUUUUUAGCGUUAUGAAUUCGAGUACAUUUUCGGGAUUAGAUCUGGUUAUACUCGAUAAUUUCUUACAAUUUCAGGAACUCAAUAGCUCGCAAACCAAGUGGUAUAAUUCAACUGCUGGCGAAAACUCUGUUUUUACUUCACUCUUGAAACUGGCCUCAUCCAACAUUGCAAGCAGCACUUUAACGAAAAAGGUUACUCUUUUGCUUGAGAAUCUUCUCCAGUUCUCCGUGGUAUUCAACGAAUCGUUAACAGCAUCCCCGCUUGCUGCUUUGGUUAAUAGUCUUCAAAUCGUGCAAGAGGGCGAACCAAAAGAAUCUUGCGAUCAACUACAGAAAAUUUGGAAGCUGUUGGAUGAAACCAUUUCAAGAUGUAUGAAAACUCCUUAUAAGUACAUGGAUAUGGCAACUUCGUCUGAAAACUGUUCGCCAUUUCUGGUAGCUCUGGUUGAACAGUGGGGAUUCGUUGACACCAAAACUGCUUUUGAUCGAGGACUAAAAUGGCUGCUAAUCUUUUUGAGGUCCACAGUUUUCAUCGGCGAACCAUUUCAUGGAAUCUAUGCUCUGUUGGAACCCGUACCGACCAUUCCUCGGGAUAUGAAAGAUGUUUACUUAAAUUUUCAAGAGUACGAGCGCGAACUCGUAAAUUUGAGAAAGCCGGAAUAUCUAGUAGCGAAUGACAUGGAUAACUCUUUUUUUCAGUGCGUUACAUUGACAGAAGCUUCUACACUUGGCGUCCUUGCCAGAUUUCCGGUAAAUGAACUUGACGUUGCAGGGCUCAUUUCAAGGCUUCAAUCGAUACUGGAAACACCUAAUGACCCCAUCCCAUACCUCAAAUUUACUUCAAUUGUCGACAACCUUCUACUUAAAACGGCCAACUAUGUUUUGUCGCAGAACGAUUUUAAGGUCAAAUUUACCAAAAAAUUCUAUUUUUCAAAAUUAGUUCUCCCGUUAGCUCUGGAUAGUUCCAAUUUGGAGGCAUGUAAGCGAUAUUCAUACCUCACAAAUACAAUUACUAGCAUUUACGGUCAAUUGGGUGUGGAUAUUAGCGAGUAUCAGGCUUAUAUCAAAGAACUGUGGGUGUCUUGUGCCAGCACUUGGAGUGAGGUUGAUGUUCUACGGUCAGCUUUAGUCAGCGGACUCACAGUUCUCUCUUCGAAGCAACUUGGAGAAGUCUUAACCCUUCAUAUAGCAAAGGGCCAAGACUUGAUACCAGACAUUCUAGCUGAAAUGUCUUUACGAGGUGUUCAUUUGGCUAACGGUCAGCUUUUGGAGAUUCUAGCCCUUAAUGACCCCAGGAUAAUUUCAAUUUUGGAGACUUUCGUCAAGUCACGGCUCAUAGAUUCACCUCAGUUUGCCGUACUAUUACCCAUGGGCCUCCAGACAGACGUGAAUUAUCCUAUUGUGGAGGCUUUUCUCGCGUACGAUGAGGGAAUUAUGUGCGUAAAGAAUUUUCUCAGUAUGGUAACUGACGCUAAUCUCAUGAUUAAGAUUGCUGCGUCCUUAAGUACCGAUUGUUCUGAAGACGUGAAUAUUUUCAUCAACAAAGCUUUAACAAUAUCAUUCGAAAGAUUGCAUAGUCUACAGUAUUCCGUCUUCGACGCUGCGUUACAAUUGUUUAUUAAUCGCUUCGACGAUAUUUCUUUUGAGCAAAGGGUUAAAAUUGUCAACUUCAUCACGACUUUUAGCGAACAUAAAUUUACGCCGCAGGUUGCGAAAUUUGUUGCUUGCUUCAAUAAUUUCGAAAACAGUGACAUCCAAUUAUGGAUUCGAAAGUCCGCUUUGUUUAUAACAAAGAACUUUGCCGAACGAUCUGAGCCAAGUAAGAAAUUUUUUGAUUUCCUCAACAAUUUCCAAGAACUUCAUCAUCAGGCAAAUAUUUGGAAUUUAGGAGUAUCAUCUAGUCUGAACUCUCAGGCAGAGUCUAUUGUCGAUGGGUUAUGGGUAGCGUAUCCUGAACCAUUGAAGUUUCUUGGUGCAAUUUUAUUAGGUGCCGAGAAAUCAAAGUUGAACAGUAGUCGAAUCCUUCAACUGUUGUUGAACAAUAGAGAACUGUGCUUCAACAGCUCGCCUUGUGAUAGCCACCUCAAGUUUCUGACUGCCUCUCUAAUUUACAUUCUUUUCAUUGUUGACCCUCAAGGUUGCUCGAGUCCAGUCAUACAGGACAAGCUACUAUUGUUUUAUGGUGGUACGAUGACCUGCUCUGACAGAAUAAUUCUCGACAUUUUGAAGCAAAUUGAAUCUAAAACCCUUGUGUCUUGGACUCGAAACAUCUUUGCUUGGGAUUACCAAGACUCAUUGGGAGAGCCUGAAGGAAGUAAGGACCAAGAUUACCGUCUGCUAGCUAAAGAAAAAGAAGGCUAUAUCAUGACAAUUAGGCAGGACUUGGUUAAGGAAACUAUCAAUUCUAUUGGUUUUGAUGUACCAUCUCUGCCUAUUCUUGCAAGCUCUGAAUCGGCAAAUGACUGGAAAUAUUUUGAAACUUUUGAAAGUGCAACCCAUUUAUUGUGGAAUGGUCAUGAAUGCGCAUUCUAUGAUCCAACAUUUUUGCUACUUUCAAUUGUGAACAAUGAGGACUUCUUCAGGACUAGAGUUAGAGAAACUGGUGAACAGAAUGACACGCAUUUCCUUGACAUGAAGAAAAUUAUUGGGAAUGGCCUCCUUGAAUUUAUCAUUGUGUGUUUGAGUCUUGGUGGGGAAGUUCGUGAUAUUGCGUCUUCUCUUAUUUACAAAAUGCUUGAUUCUUUGGAUGGCGGGACAAUGAAAGAUGCCUCCAUUUACAAGAUUUUACUUACGAAAAUUGGAUUCACACUGUAUAACGAGAAACGUCAGCAGGACGAUGACUCUUCAGUGGUUUCCCCUUUGAUUUGGUACAUGGUGGCAAGUCUCUCGACUUUUUUGAACCAGCCUGGCUCCUUCCUAUACGAGAAAGCUUCUCGUUGGAUCCUUUCCUUCCCUUUUAUCCAAGCCCAGCAUGUGCCACUUCUUGACACUAUCAUGAUGAUGAAGGCCACCGAUGAUGGUGAAAACUACUACCGCUACUUACAUUGGUUCCUGGAGAGUAUACUGCACGGCUUAAAGACAAAAGACGACAUUAAGCUUCUGAAAUUCAGAAAUAUACUGGAAUGGAUGAUGAACCUAUUGAAUUCACCCUACAUCUCUUUCAAACUGCGUAGCCAGCUAAAGGACAUUCUUUAUAAGACGCAAAGAAUCGAAACAGGUGGAGCGACACUUCUCACAAGACUUGCAGGUGGGUCGUUCUUGGAAACUAUACAACAAAGUACCUCUCAAAAAUUAGUGAAUGUGAACAAAGAGCUCAUGGCAAACAACAAAAACAAGCUUCGCUUGAAACAGACACUGAUAUUACAGCAAUCUCAACUAAAUAACUCUGAAUUGGGUACAGGUUUUGUCGCCAUAGCAAAGUCUCAUAAGAGAAUAUCAGAUUGGAUGGUAGGCGAUGCAGAUAACUUAUUGAAGCGUAUCUGUACCUCCAAGGUUAGACACUUUGGGUAG